AUGGCAGGAUCGCUCUUCGCAAGCGAGAGGAAUGGGUUCUGGAGACGGACGGUGUUGUGCAUCGACGGUGUUGACUUCAAGCGCACAUACUCCAACAACUGCGUUGAAAUUUUCAAUGUGUUGGGUAUUGAAGCCGCUCGUGCGGCUAUCCUGAAGGAGCUUCGUGGUGUUAUCGAGUUCGAUGGUUCUUACGUCAACUACCGACAUCUGGCGAUUCUUUGCGACUUGAUGACCCACCGAGGGUCUCCAAUGUGGCUACACUAA